AUGACCACAGAAUUAACACCCCAGGAGAAGAUCGCCCUGAUCUAUCAGAAUCUCCAAGAGGUUCUCAAACCGGAGAUUAUCGAAGAUGUUAUUGUGCGACAGAACAGACCAUUGAAGGUGUACUUCGGCACCGCAACAACCGGCAGGCCACACUGCGGCUACUUCUGCCCAAUCGUCAAACUCGCCCACUUCCUCCAAGCAGGCUGCCACGUCAAAAUCCUCCUAGCAGACAUCCACGGCUUCCUCGACAACCUCAAAGCACCCAUUGACCUCGUCAAUUACCGCGCCGAAUACUACCGCUAUGUAAUCACCGCCCUCCUCGAAGCCAUCCAUGUCCCCAUCGAGAAACUCGAAUUCGUCCUGGGCAGUGACUACCAGCUCUCCUCCCGAUACACCAUGGACCUAUUCAGACUCAGCAGCGUGGUGACGGAGCACGAUGCGAAAAAGGCCGGUGCGGAGGUUGUGAAGCAGGUUGACAAUGCGCCGUUGUCAGGGCUCAUAUAUCCGCUCAUGCAGGCGUUGGAUGAGGAGCAUUUGGAUGUCGAUGCGCAAUUUGGCGGGGUUGAUCAGCGGAAGAUCUUUGCGUUGGCGCUGGAUACGUUGCCGCGGAUUGGCUAUAAGGAGCGGGCGCAUUUGAUGAAUCCUAUGGUUCCUGGGUUGGCGGGGGGGAAGAUGUCGGCGUCCGAUCCGGAUUCGAAGAUUGAUAUUUUAGAUACGGCUGAGGUGGUUAAGAAGAAGCUUAAGAAGGCGUAUGCCGUGCCGAGGGAGACGGAGGGGAAUGGGAUUAUUAGCUUUGUGGAGUAUGUGUUGUUUCCUGUGUCGGCGUUGGAGAGGGAGGAUAGGAAGGGGAGGUUUGUGGUGGAGAGGAGGGAGGAGGAAGGGGGGAAUCUUGUUUACAGGGAUAUUGAGGAGGUUAAGAGGGAUUAUCGGGAUGACACGUUAACACCCCAACUCCUCAAAGCCGCCGUAACAACCGCGCUCAACAACCUUCUUGCACCUGUCCAAGCGGCUUUCCUGGCCAACCCGGAGUGGCAAGAGAUCGAGAAGAAGGCAUAUCCGCCGCCACCUGAACCAGAGAAGAAAAAGAAGAAGCCCAAAGAUAAGGGGAGCAGAUACCCUGGUAGUGAUGCGGCGAGGAGUGGUGAUGUUGCUGCUGCUGCUGAUGCGAAGGUGGAUGGGAAGAAGCCAGAUGAUGUUGAGGAGAAGCUGGAAAAGUUGAAGGUUCAGGGGUAG